UUUUUCUUCUCUCUUUCUUUCUCCAAUCUAUAUUCACAUAUUCCGUUUCUUUUUUUUUCUACUCUGAAAAUUGAUACUAUUAUAUUCUAAUGGUCGCAUCACCAUCUACGGAACCACUGGUCGAUUUCGAUCUCUAUGAUAAACAAGAAACAAUAGAUAGAUUUGAAGCCAUCCUUCCAUAUUUCCGCCGCGAUCUAGCUACAACACACAACGUAGUCGUCAAGUGUACAGCGACUCAACUAGCUUCUUUUACUGCCUCAUUUCAGCAUUUCCAAUAUACUGUAGUUGGUAAUCCUAGUGUUAUUCAAGCUGCUCGAUUCUCUUCCAUCACUCACAAAAAACCAAAAGGUGGCUCACAAACGACAACCACUAACAAUACAAGUAAUGAUAUUAACUCAAGACCAACUUGGCCACCUUGUCUUCCUCCUUCCAUGUUUCAAGUAGAUCAACUUCAGCCUGCCUCACCUCUUUAUAUCAUUCUCAAAACAGCAUUUGCACACCAACCUGACUUUGACCUUUGGGAUUUUGAUUCACACAAGAAAAGAAAUGAGUACUUGGAACUUACUCAUCUCAUGUUUCAACAAUUGCAAGAAGCCGGUUUCUAUAGUCCUCCUAAAAUUUUUUUGAUAGGCUUGACUGACGAAAAGGAACAAGAUAUUAUAUCCAUGGUGAAUGAAUUGAAAGGUCAAAUGGUUACAGAUCGUUCCAAAGCAACGCACGUUGUAGUCUUUCACAAAAACGAUACAAAAGAUGACUCAAAAAGGAUUACUUCACGAAUGGUGCACAUAUUGGAAUCUAUAGACAAGCGUGUUUUAAUUCAUUGGUAUCGAUAUCCCGACUCUUACAAUGAAUGGGUGGAUGAAAGGAAAAUCAAGGAUAACAAACGAUUUGAAGAAACAUCACCGGAACAACAAGAACAACCUAUUUAUGUACAAUCAAGCUGGUUGACUGAUAGUUACAAAUUCAAUACUUGGAUGAACCCUAUGGAUUACGCGUGCUCGACAUCUGUGAUAGCUGGACUAAAACGAAGUUUGGAUACAACUGGUGACAAUAUUAGUGGUGAUGAUUCUAUUGACGAUAUCAACAAACGAUUUAGAAGAAACAAUACUGACUUACAGGAUCAAGCGCGACGAUAUUUACCGACACAAACAUACGAAGUGAUUAUUCCAUCUUAUGCAGCGUGGUUUGAAAUUGACAAUAUUCACAAGAUUGAAAGACGAUCAUUACCUGAAUUUUUCAACGGUGCCAAUCAAACGAAAUCUCCUACUGUAUACAUGAAUAUUAGGAACUUUAUGAUCAAUACUUAUCGACUCAAUCCUUUGGAAUACUUGACAGUGACUGCUUGCCGACGCAAUCUACCUGGUGAUGUUUGUACUGUAAUACGUGUUCAUGGAUUCCUGGAAAAAUGGGGUUUGAUCAAUUAUCAGAUUGAUCCUACAUUGAAAAUGUCAAACAUUGGUCCUCCUUUUACUGGAAACUUCAAGGUGGUAGUAGAUAUGCCUGAAUCACUACGCUCGUCGUCCUUACCUUCAUUUAUACCCAAGGAUAACAACAAAGUGACUUCAACGAAUGAACCCAAGGAUACAUCAACCAAUGGAAAAGCAUUGAAUGUGAAUAGAGAGCAACAGGCUACUGAGGAGGGACAAAGUAUACCAAAGCUGGAUAAAAUCAAUCUCAACUUGGAAUUACGACAAUCUGUUUAUCGAUCACCAACGCCAUUGCGAACAUUGAAGAAACAUUCUAAUAAUAAGGAUCAGGCAACAGGACAAUCGCCAGCAUUAUCAUCAAAAUUAGAUUCUAUGGAUGAUGAGGAUGGGAAUAAAGACGAUAAAAAUGCUACUAUUGACAAUAAUACGACUGAUAUACCAUCUUUGACGGAUCAACAAAAAGUGCUACUACUGGAAGGGUUGGAAAUGUUUGCUCAUGAUUGGUCUGCCGUUGCCAAGCAUGUUGGAAUCUCUCGAGAACAAUGUAUCCUACACUAUUUAGAGUUACCAUUGGAGGAUCCCUUUGUUGAUUUGGAUGUUUUGCGACUUGGACUUGCUCAUUUUGAUGAAAAACACCGGAAACAGAGAUGUGACAACAAUAAUCCACUCGCAUCUGUCUUGGCGUUCUUGGAAGCAAAUGCUGAUCCUGAUACGGUGAAUUCAAUAGUGGCAAACAAUUCCAAGCAAACAACAAAGGAUAUCAGCAAUAGAACGGUAGCAAAUGGUGAUGAUGACAAUAUGGAUAUCAACAAACAACAACAACAACAACAAAAAUCUUUAGCUCAAGAUCUGAUUCGAAGCAAAUUGAAAUUAUUCAAGCAGAAACUUCGGCAAUAUCUGAAGCAGGAGUCACUAGUGGAACAAGAACGACAGUCAUUGGAAGAAGAACGACGACAAUUGGUUUUAGAUCAAUGUGAAUUGCGAAAUAAGGCGGACCUGAUCUAUCAAGAGAUAAGUAACACUCGAGGAUCUAUGGAUGGACAACUGAUUAAGGACUCUGAUAAUGAAAACAAGAGAAACUAUGAAGGAUCAAAUGGUAGAAUAACAUCAGCAUCUAUACAGCAACCACAUCAACAAACCAAUCAGCCAUUGUCUAAUUUACGACCAAUAGCACCUCCUCCACCUUCUACAUCCUCAUCAAAACAUAUCUCUGCCACUAUCUCCUCGACCUCUCCGUCAUGAUUGGAUUGCUACUACUACUACUACUACUAUUACUACAACUACUAGUUCAGUUAGAUUAGCAUCUAUCACUUUCUUUAUAGAAAUAGUUCUUGUAUUCCA